GGUGUCCCAGGUGGGUGCCAGAGCCUGGCCCUGUCAGCUGGGCCCUCCCCCGGGAAGGGCUCCUGGUGCCAGGUUUCCAGUUCUUCAGAGCGCUGAAAAAUGUCGGGUUUUCUGGAGAGUUUGAGGUGCUCGGAGUGUGUUGACUGGGGGGAGAAACGGAACACGAUUGCUUCUGUUGCUGCAGGAGUGCUGUUUUUCACAGGUUGGUGGAUAAUCAUAGAUGCAGCUGUAAAAUACCCUAAAAUGGAAGACUUCAACCAUUCCUACCAUGCUUGUGGGGUUAUAGCCACGAUUGCAUUCCUAAUGAUCAACGCGGUGUCCAACGGACAAGUGCGGGGUGACAGCUACAGCGAGGGCUGCCUGGGACAAACAGGGGCUCGGAUCUGGCUCUUCAUUGGGUUCAUGAUGGCCUUUGGGUCUCUCAUUGCUUCCAUGUGGAUCCUCUUUGGAGGCUACGUUGUGAAAGAAAAACCAAUAGUAUAUCCAGGAAUUGCUGUUUUUUUCCAGAAUGCAUUCAUCUUUUUUGGAGGACUGGUCUUCAAAUUUGGUCGCACAGAAGAUCUGUGGCAGUGAACACACCCUGAGCUGCUCUGGCUGGGCUGGCUUUUUAACUGCAGGCUCCCUGGGUUUUGUAAAACCAUUUUGUAAACAGUGACCUUCAAUUGUGUCUAAAGAGAAAACAAGGAAAUCUUAAAUCCUAGCACUAAAACUCCUGGUUCUAUUCUGCUAAUUUUUUUACUCUUGAAUGUUGAUGUCAAUGUUGUCACGUUUUUGACCAGUGCAGAAUUGCUACAAGCAACCAUGGCAGUCACUUUUAUGGUAGGAUGUUUGCUACAAGUAAAUAGGAUAGUGGAAAACUGAGGUAUUUAACCAGCUGUUUCUAUCAUGUUAUUUACAAUUCAGGACUUACUAAAAAUGCUUUAAACCAACUUUUUAACGUAUAUUUAUUAAAUAUUUCCUAUAUCUGGACAAUAUAACCAUUUCUUCAAAACGUA